AUAUAUUACAUCUAACACUAUGGGCUCUUAUUUUAUGAUUUAACCCUUUUGUGAGUUACCAAGUUGAACAUCUUCUGGAAGUCUGAUGUUGCCCUGCAAAUUAUGAUUUCAAUACUUUAAAAGUUGAAACAGAGUUAAAUAAAAUUGGAGUUUUGAGAUGAGGGGUAUUAGUUUGGUAGCCACACAGCAGAUUGAUCACAACCCAGGGUUUACUUAUUUAGAAAUGGUAACAUAAAUGGCUUAUAUUAAAAAAUAACUUGUGUAAGAUUUAAUCAGUGAGCCUAGAAUCAUUAAAAGUUUAGAAUUCUGCCUCAGGAACCCGGAACUGUGCUUUUUGGGAGGCCGUGGGAACCUGACGCCUGGAGCUGGGUUUCCAGCCGGAAUUGUAUUGUGGACGGGCCGGAUCGGUAAGUCAUGGCGCUGGAAGUUCGCAGGCGGCUUUUUAAAAUCCUCAUGCGCUUCGGCGCCAUCAUCCUGACCCGUUUCCCGUUCUGGAACUGCUUCAGUAUGUUGAUGCUGUUCGCCGAGCGAGCCGACCAGCGCAGAAAGCCAGAUAUUCCAGUGCCAUACCUCUAUUUUGAUAUGGGUGCUGCAGUGAUUUGUGCCAGUUUUAUGUCUUUUGGAGUGAAAAGGAGGUGGUUUGCGUUGGGGGCUGCCUUGCAAUUGGCUGUUAGCACAUAUGCAUCAUACAUUGGAAAACAAGUCCAUUAUGGAGAUUGGCUGAAGGUGAGAAUGUAUUCCAGAACUAUAGCCGUUAUUGGAGGAUUUUUGAUUUUAGCAAGUGGUGCUGGUGAAGUUUAUCGGCAGAAGCCACGGACCAGGUCGUUGCAGUCUACUGGACAGGUGUUUCUUGGUAUCAACCUUAUUUGUGUGGCCUACUCCCUGCAGCACAGUCAAGAGGACCGUCUGGCCUAUCUGAACCACAUCAUAGGAGGUGAAAUUACACUGCAGUUGCUAUUUGUACUGUACGCUGUGCUGGCCUUGUCUUUCCUCUCUGGUUAUUGUGUACGGACUGCAGCCCAGAUACUGUCUGUUCUUAUGCCUCUUGUAGUUCUCUUUAUCGAUAGCAAUGUGGGCUAUUGGCAUCAUUCCUGUCGGAUCGAGUUUUGGAAUCAAAUGAAGCUGCUUGGGCAGAACGUGGGUGUUUUUGGUGCUGCUAUAAUUUUGGCAACAGAUUGUUAGCGCAUUUUUACAUGUGGUGUUCUUUAAUGCAUUUUUACAUGUGGUGUUCUUUAAUGCAUGGCACAAAUGAAAUAACUGACUUGUACCGCUAUUUAUUUGACUUUUUUAAAUGUAUAGGUUCUUAAAUAUAUUUUCAAUAUAGAUCAUAUUCUCGGACAGUUCUAUAGAAACAAAACUUGUAUGAACAAUUGCUUGGAUGCGAGUGAACCUGAGGGCCGACUUUGUGAAAGUAUGCUCCUAGCGCAAUACUCACUCUCUCGGACCAUGUGCAAAGAAAUCAAGAGAUGCUUUUGGAAGAUCAGCUUUCAUGCUGGGCUAUAUAUUUAGAAACGUAGCUCACUUUGUUUAUUGUUGUCCUUUUUCACUGAAGUACAAUUUGAAUAAAUUAUUAGUUCUGUGUGCUGUAUCAUGAAUGAUAUAAAAGACCCAGAAUUCG